AUGAAUUCCCUGAAUAUUUUGUCGUCCCGAGUCAUUGGCCGGUCGUCGAGCCCGAAGCGUAGCCGCCAACGAUCUCGUUCACAAGGGGACAUCUCUCCAGCGAUACCCGGCGACCUUGCGAAGCUUCGGUCCUACAGCGAAAGCAACUUUCAUUCAGCUGAUGCCAAUGAGAAGAACAGUGUCGAUGUACCUGAUCCCACGGAGGAUUACGACCAUUACGAACACACCUUUAACGAGAAAACGCCGCUAAUACGAGGGCUCCAAAAGGAUGCCUCACUGGCCACGAGAAGCUCUCUCGGUUUGAUUGCCCAGCGCCUUUUUGAAGCGCUUACCGAGACAAUCAACUUCAUACUCUCCAGCCUGGCUGCCCCGGGGAUAUAUGUGGCUCAAUGUUUUCGUGAUGAAACAGGUGUCUACUCUCCGGUGGCACCUAUGAGAAGGCUUCAGCGGUCGAUCUUUGGUGCUUCGUCCUCAGCGAGUCCGGACACGCCAAGUAAGAAUAAGAGUCAAGCGGACAGCAAUCGGCAGCCUGGCUCUAUGAAAAAGCUGAAAAGCCACGCCUCCCGGGACUCCAUGGCCUCAACCACCACUUCCGAUUCGGAGGGGGAUCGUCGCGCUGUUAAAUCUCUCCCAAGUAGUCGACCGCGCGCCUCGAAACCCAAGAAUUCGGCCCAGGAGUCGGUAUCAGAUGCAAGCGCCCCCCGACGUUCUAUCCGAAUCAAGCUCAACAACGAAGAAGCCCUGCAGCGGCAACGGCAACGUCGGACACGCAGUGCCGAUCAAGAUCAAUCGUCGCCGAGCCGAUCCCCAGGGUCCCUCGACCCUGACAGCUUAAAAUCCCCAACAUCUCCGUCGGUCCAUAAAGUCACUCGGUAUCCUCACUCUCCCAUACCCCCGCGGCCGCUCAUUCCAUCGCGUCUCCCAUCAUAUACAGCCACCGGACGAAACCCGAGGAUCCCGCAAAAAACCCUGGUUCUGGACCUAGACGAGACCCUCAUCCACUCGCUUGCCAAAGGUGGCCGCAUGUCUAGCGGUCACAUGGUUGAGGUAAAGCUCACCACACCGAUGACAACUGCACUCGCACCUGGCGCACCCCCAACCACCCUAGGACCUCAGCACCCGAUCCUGUAUUAUGUGCACAAACGUCCUCACUGUGAUGAAUUCCUCCGUAAGAUCUGCAAGUGGUAUAAAUUGGUUAUUUUCACCGCGAGCGUCCAGGAGUACGCCGACCCGGUAAUUGACUGGCUAGAGCAAGAGCGGAAGUAUUUCCAAGCGCGGUAUUACCGGCAACACUGUACUUUCCGAAACGGCGCUUACAUCAAAGACCUGAGUUCAGUUGAACCGGACUUGAGCCAAGUGAUGAUCCUUGAUAACAGCCCUGUGAGCUAUAUCUUUCACGAAGACAACGCUAUCCCUAUCGAGGGUUGGAUUAAUGACCCAACGGAUAACGGCCUGCUUCACCUAAUUCCCAUGCUCGAGGCUCUGCAAUACGUGACCGAUGUGCGGGCGUUCCUGGCAUUGCGUAGAGGAGAAGCAGAUGCUCUUUGA